CACACACACACACAGACAUGCUCACGGAGCCUGUGCCUGCCUCUACUUGUCUGCUCUGGGCAGAUGGUUCCUGGCUUUUGGGUCGCCUCAUCCUGCAGCUCAGUGCAGUUAGACGCUUUCUUCCACAGAGACUGGCAAGCUGUGGAAUAAGGGUUUGGGCAAGGCUGCCUGUCUUCAGAGCAUGAAGGAUACUGCCUGGAGAGGGAAGAGGGUGAUAUUUAGAGUUUGGGCCCACUUGUGGUUGGGCCCCCCGCUACCUCUCCUUUGCAGAGCCAUCACUGGCCCCUGGCUGCAAACUCUCCGUGGCUUUCGAGCCUACAACACAAAAACUGAGAGUGUGUCCAGAAAGAGAAGAAGAAAACACUGCUGUUGGUCCUGGAUCCCACUGUUGGAUUUUGGUGGGGAUGAGAAGGAAUUACCAGGCGUGAUCAACCAGCGUACCUGCACGGCUUUAAGGAAUGCGUUCCAGAGGCAGUGACACCGAGGGCUCAGCCCCAAAGAAACUUCCAAGACACACUAAAGGCCACAGUUUCCAAGGGCCUAAAAACAUGAAGCACAGACAGCAAGACAAAGACCCCCCCAGUGAGUCGGAUGUAAUACUUCCCUGUCCCAAGGCAGAGAAGCCGCACAGUGGUAAUGGCCACCAAGCAGAAGACCUCUCAAGAGAUGACCUGUUAUUUCUCCUCAGCAUUCUGGAGGGAGAACUGCAGGCUCGAGAUGAGGUCAUAGGCAUUUUAAAGGCUGAAAAAAUGGACCUGGCUUUGCUGGAAGCUCAGUAUGGGUUUGUCACUCCAAAAAAGGUGUUAGAGGCUCUCCAGAGAGAUGCUUUUCAAGCGAAAUCUGCCCCUUGGCAGGAGGAUAUCUAUGAGAAACCAAUGAAUGAGUUGGACAAAGUUGUGGAAAAACAUAAAGAAUCUCAUAGACGAAUCCUGGGACAGCUUUUAAUGGUAGAAAAAUCCCAUAGGCAAACCAUACUGCAGUUGGAGGAAGAAAAGAGAAAACAUAAGGAAUACAUGGAGAAGAGUGAUGAAUUCAUAUGCUUACUAGAACAGGAAUGUGAAAGAUUAAAGAAGCUAAUUGAUCAAGAAACCAAGUCUCAGGAAGAGAAGGAGCAAGAAAAGGAGAAGAGGGUCACCACCCUGAAAGAGGAGCUGACCAAGCUGAAGUCUUUUGCUUUGAUGGUGGUGGACGAACAACAAAGACUGACAGCACAGCUUACCUUUCAAAGACAGAAGAUCCAAGAGCUGACCACAAAUGCAAAGGAAACACAUACCAAGCUAGCCCUUGCUGAAGCCAGAGUUCAGGAGGAAGAGCAGAAGGCAAACAGACUAGAGAAGGAACUGCAAACGCAGACCACUAAGUUUCACCAGGACCAAGACACAAUUAUGGCGAAGCUCACCAAUGAGGACAGUCAAAAUCGCCAGCUUCAACAAAAGCUUGCAACACUCAGCCGGCAGAUUGAUGAGUUAGAAGAGACAAACAGGUCUUUACGAAAAGCAGAAGAGGAGCUGCAGGAUAUAAAAGAAAAAAUCAGUAAGGGAGAAUAUGGAAACGCUGGCAUCAUGGCUGAAGUCGAAGAGCUCAGGAAACGUGUGCUAGAUAUGGAAGGGAAAGAUGAAGAGCUCAUAAAAAUGGAGGAGCAGUGCAGAGAUCUCAAUAAGAGGCUUGAAAAGGAGACGUCACAGAGUAAAGACUUUAAACUAGAGGUGGAAAAACUCAGUAAAAGAAUUAUGGCUCUGGAAAAGUUAGAAGACGCUUUCAACAAAAGCAAACAAGAAUGCUACUCUCUGAAAUGCAAUUUAGAAAAGGAAAGGAUGACCACAAAGCAGUUGUCUCAAGAACUGGAGAGUUUAAAAGUAAGGAUUAAAGAGCUAGAAGCCAUUGAAAGUCGGCUGGAACAGACAGAAUUCACUCUAAAAGAGGAUUUAACUAAACUGAAAACAUUAACUGUGAUGUUUGUAGACGAACGGAAAACAAUGAGUGAAAAAUUAAAGCAAACUGAAGAUAAAUUACAAGCCGCUUCUUCUCAGCUUCAAAUGGAGCAAAAUAAAGUAACAGCAGUUACUGAGAAGUUAAUUGAGGAAACUAAAAUGGCGCUCAAGUCCAAAACCGACGUAGAAGAAAAGAUGUACAGCGUAACCAAGGAGAGAGAUGAUUUAAAAAACAAAUUGAAAGCGGAAGUAGAGAAAGGAAAUGAUCUCCUGUCAAAAGUUAACAUGUUGAAAAAUAGGCUUCAAUCAUUGGAAGCAAUUGAAAAAGAUUUUCUAAAAAACAAAUUAAAUCAAGACUCUGGGAAAUCCACAACAGUAUUACACCAAGAAAACAAUAAGAUUAAGGAACUCUCUCAAGAAGUAGAAAGACUGAAACUGAAGCUAAAGGACAUGAAAGCCAUUGAGGAUGACCUCAUGAAAACAGAAGAUGAGUAUGAGACUCUAGAACGAAGGUAUGCUAAUGAACAAGACAAAGCUAAAUUUUUAUCUGAAGAAUUGGAACAUGUUAAAAUGGAACUUGCUAAGUACAAGUUAGCAGAAAAGACAGAGUCCAGACACGAACAGUGGCUUUUCAAACGGCUUCAAGAAGAAGAAGCUAAGUCAGGGCACCUCUCAAGAGAAGUGGAUGCGUUAAAAGAGAAAAUUCAUGAAUACAUGGCAACUGAAGACCUAAUAUGUCACCUCCAGGGAGAUCACUCAGUCCUGCAAAAAAGGUUAAAUCAACAAGAAAACAGGAACAGAGAUUUAGGAAGAGAGAUUGAAAACCUCACUAAGGAGUUAGAGAGGUACCGGCAUUUCAGUAAGAGCCUCAGGCCUAGUCUCAAUGGAAGAAGAAUUUCAGAUCCUCAAGUAUUUUCUAAAGAAGUUCAGACAGAAGCAGUAGACAAUGAACCACCUGAUUACAAGAGCCUCAUUCCUCUGGAACGUGCAGUCAUCAAUGGUCAGUUAUAUGAGGAGAGUGAGGAUCAAGACGAGGAUCCCAAUGAUGAGGGAUCUGUGCUGUCCUUUAAAUGCAGCCAGUCUACUCCAUGUCCUGUUAACAGGAAGCUAUGGAUUCCUUGGAUGAAAUCCAAGGAGGGCCAUCUUCAGAAUGGAAAAAUACAAACUAAACCCAAUGCCAACUUUGUGCAACCUGGAGAUCUAGUCCUAAGCCACACACCUGGGCAGCCACUUCAUAUAAAGGUUACUCCAGACCACGUACAAAACACAGCCACUCUUGAAAUCACAAGUCCGACCACAGAGAGUCCUCACUCUUACACGAGUACGGCAGUGAUACCGAACUGUGGCACCCCAAAGCAAAGGAUAACCAUCCUCCAAAACGCCUCCAUAACACCAGUAAAAUCCAAAACCUCGACUGAAGACCUCAUGAAUUUAGAACAAGGCAUGUCCCCAAUUUCCAUGGCAACCUUUGCCAGAGCACAGACCCCAGAGUCUUGUGGUUCUCUAACUCCAGAAAGGACAAUGUCCCCUAUUCAGGUUUUGGCUGUGACUGGUUCAGUUAGCUCUCCUGAGCAGGGACGCUCCCCAGAACCAAUAGAAAUCAGUGCCAAGCAUGCGAUAUUCAGAGUCUCCCCAGACCGGCAGUCAUCAUGGCAGUUUCAACGUUCAAACAGUAACAGUUCAAGUGUGAUAACUACUGAGGAUAAUAAAAUCCACAUUCACUUAGGAAGUCCUUACAUGCAAGCUGUAGCCAGCCCUGUGAGACCUGCCAGCCCUUCGGCACCACUGCAGGAUAACCGAACUCAAGGCUUAACUAAUGGGGCACUAAACAAAACAACCAAUAAAGUCACCAGCAGUAUUACUAUCACACCAACAGCCACACCUCUUCCUCGACAAUCACAAAUUACAAUCAAGGAGGUAUGCAAGCAGAGAAUACCAACACGGAUCCCCAAACCAAAAUCUACAGGCAUCACCAAGAUUUCCAUUAAUGCCCCCACAUUGCCUAUGGAUAAGCCUAUUUACCAAAAUGGCUGUGGGACGCUACACAUCGUAAGAACUGUCACCUCCAACGCUUUCCUCCACAUGGGAGGGAGAAGGUAACUCAUACCAAUGCACUGCCCAGAUAUAUUCAUCUAUAGAAAUAUCUGGAAAGCUAAAAUUACCACUAUGAAAGGCCAAAGGACCAUCUCUCCAGGAAAUGGUGAAGCAGCAAACUGACAGUUCAUUCAGAUUGGUGGACCUGAUGAAGCUCAUCCUGAAAACGCAGCACAUCUACAAUUAUUUUACUUCUACAUGUAUAUACACACAUAUACACACUCACGGGCCUAGACUCACACCAAAAUCUACCCAUUUCUUCCUCCUACAUAUAAUCUAACCCAAAGAUGGACUAUCUAGAGUCAGUCUGGGACAGGACUGAAUUCACUAGAACAGUUCAAGAGUUUUAUAGUGAAUACAGAAGUAAUACUUCAUUCUACAAAACUUGGCUGAUUAAUCGUAUUUUGCUAAGAAAAGGUGACAGCAAAAAUUCCUAAGCUGAGUCAAGAAAAUCGGGUUUUUCCAUCAAGAUGACGUGACAAUUAAAAUCAUAGUUUUAAGGUCUAAAACUCUGAUUUCUUUAUGACCAGGAGGGAAAAAACAAAGUGAUAAUUCUUAGUUACAAGGAGGAAAAGCAUCACAAAAGUGAGCAACAGCCGAGUAUGUCCUUUGUGUGGCAUACCUGACAAUCACUGGUGCAGCGAGCGUACCCCUGACUGCUGACACUUAGUCUCCUACCCAUUUUCCCAGUAUGUUUCCCCUCCUAUAUAAUCCAGGCCUCAGAAUCAUAUUGCUAGACUGUUAACAAAAAUUUUAGAUUGGUAUUGUUACUUUCUAUAGCAAUCAGGGCAUAUCUAAAUCAAAGGUCAAUAACAUCGAGAUCUUUUAGGGAGAUACGAAGAACCGUUCCAGGUGCUUGAAAAAACACACAAUUUGUCAUCUCAUAGGACACUGUUUAUUCCUAUCUCUUCCCUGAAUAAACACUAUAGAAAAUCAGUUGAUUCAACAAAAGCCUGGGGUUAGGAGACUCAAAUUCCAAUCCUGGAUUUUCAUCCAUGUGACACCAAGCUUUGCAUUCAUCCAUCUAAGCCUUGAGUUUCCAUAUGUAAAACAGGAAACUGAAAUAAUUCCUCAGGUCCCUUCCAGUUCUGAUAACCUAUGAAUAUGCCCAACUAUUAAUACAAAAUGCUGAAUUCAAACAGCCAUCUCUAAGGCCAGACACAGUCCCCUAGCAGCGAGCUAAGGGGAAACCACACUGAAAACUCUCAUUGAAUUGAGAGAAAGGUGUGCCUAUAAUUUAGUGUGGACAGAGUAAUACAGGACAUUUUAAGACAAGGCAUUUUUGACACAAAAGACAGUUCAAAAAACCAUUAAUUACCCUUUGUUCUCCUGUUUAAUUCAAGAUUAAGGAGAUAUGCAAGCAGAGAAUCCCAACACGGAUACCCAAACCAAAAUCUACAGGUAUCACCUGUAGAUCUUGAAAUGUUUUUGAAAAACAUUUCAAAAAGCUUCAGUCGAGGUGGGGGAAAUAUCAAUGAAGUGACACUAAAUAUUUUUUGUGAUCCUUCACUAAAAACUGGAAGCAUGCCCCCAGAAGAAAUCCUCAUGGUCAAGGACUGCUUUAGCCAGCUGUGCUGGGAUAGCACCAGCAGAGCAAGAGCAAAUGAACUGCCAUUCCCCAUGCUCAUCUAACUAAGCCCGCCUCAUUGCACUAAUGCCACUGUACAAACACCCCUAGGCCCCUGCAAUUUCAAGGAGGAGGAGAAGGAGCUAGAGACCUGGGCAGCAUGGAGAGGGAUCGUGUGCAGUUGUACCCACAGGCAAGUGGCAGAGGGUGGUAAGGGGAGGUCAAAUGAAUUAAAAGUCUGAAGUGGAAAAGUGUAAGUGAAAGGGAAGCAGGAAGAGAAUAGGAGAAGGGGAUGGACUACAAAAGAAGGUGAAGACUGGGCAUAGUGGCUCACACCAGUAACCCAAGCACUUUGGGAGGCUGAGGUGAGAGGAUCGCUUGAAGCCAGGAGCUCAAGAUCAGUCUGGGCAACUUGGCAAGACCUUGUCUCUC